AUGGCUUCAACAGCCCCAAGAGACGGUAGGACUCGGCGCAGAUCCAGAUUUGGCUGCCGAAAUUGCAAGCUUCGAAAGCUCAAGUGCGAUGAAGGCAAACCCCAAUGCCAGCGAUGUACUUCGUUUGGGCUCUUAUGCAACUUUAUGUCGAAUACUCCUGACCUCCAGCUCGUCGCCGCCGAUCAAGGACGGCUGUUGAUGGCGCGAGGAAAAGCAGAGCUGCAGCGCCCUCUCACAAAUGCGGUCUGGACAUCGGACGCAUCGACAUCCUAUCAAUUGACCACAAGAUGCCAGGACUUCAUAACCCGGUAUCUGGGACGAAGCCUCACUACCCCGGAUGAUCCGAAUAUGAGGAAAGUUAAUCGCCAGCUCCUGGAAUUAGCCUUUGCUUACCCUGUCUUAAUGCACGCCUCUCUAGCCGUGGCGCAUACUUACGACCGUCACCUGAACGGCUCCUUAGGCGGUCGUCGCACUCUAGAAGAGUGUUACCACUGGUCCCGAAGCACAGUUCUCUUCAACAAGCGGCUGCGGGAACCAAUUGAAACGAACGAUAAGGAUCCAAUCUGGGGCACUGCAGCUGCCCUGGUUAUCCUGACCUUCUCGUCCUCGGAUGCACACACAGCAGAACAAGCGUGGCCUCUCAAGUCCUCCGACUCCGACUUGAACUGGGUGCGCAUGAGCCAAGGUAAAAUGUCCUUGUGGCCCAUGGUCAACCCGCUGCGACCGGACAGUCUUUUCUGCGUCAUGGCGGCAACCUUUGCGCAGAUGUUUUCGCCCUUGCCAGAGGAAGGCAUAGAUGGUAUCCCACGGGCCCUGGCGGCUGUAUGUGGUCUUGAGGACUCAUCGACGGCGGAAAUAAAUCCGUAUUUUGAUGCCGCUCACGCGGUAGCUCAGAUCCUGGACCUCCCGGAGAGUGAGGUCACCACGGGUCCGACUCAAUUUUUCAUGUGGAGCAUCCGUGGUCCUUUCGAAGUUCUGCUGCGGAAGAAGGAUCCUACAGCACUCUUGUUGCUCUAUCUAUGGUACCGGAAAGCAGGUCGCAGUAUAUGGUGGAUUGAACUUCGGGCCAGAGUGGAAUGUCCUUCGAUCUGCUUGUAUCUGCGACGCUAUCAUGCAGAGAAUGAGGCUGUACGGGCAUUUCUUCCGGGGGGAGCUCUCGCUGACCGGUGGAAGUAG